AUGGACACUGAGACCAUGGGUCCUGCUUUAGACAGCGUUCAACAUACUUCAACACUGGGUGCUGAGGCCCCCAGUGCCGCCAAUAUCCCUAAUCCUACCCCGAUACCAACAGUAUCAGGGCGUCCUUCCCCUGUGAUGGAUGUGCAAGCUACUGCAGCUUACACUGUGUCCGACCAUCAGACAAUGGGCCAGCAAUUUUUCGUGGACUCGAUGGCGCCAGGACAAGCACCGCCAUUGCCAUACUUUAACCCCAAUCUCUGGGGUUACCACCCUUCCCUCCCUCGUGGAGCACCCACUCCUGAAGCAGCUCACCAGCCGCAUGCUACAAUGUCAGGGUCUUUCCUGACUGAACUCCUUAUGGACGCAAAUGCCUGGCUCCGUGAGGAACUCUUUAACAUCAAGCUUGAGAACCAGCGUCUCACCAGCGAGUUGCAGGAGGUCUCGUUACACCGAGAUUUCCUCCGACAAAAGUGUGACUCACUGGAAAGGGACCUCGAGUCAUUUGAAAAAGGUUGCGAGGAAGAUGAGGCAUCGCACCCUCAAAAAAUCCCUCACACAGAAACGCGUACCCAGAACGCCCCCAUCGAGAGGGCACAUCAUGUAGAUGACAACUCUUGUCCACACCCUGGACCAGCUAAACUGGCCCGUCCUCAAGUACCUGUUGCUGACCCAACGAGCGGGCACCGCGUCACCCCCUCCUACCACUCAAAUAUUCAUGGUUCCGGCUACCUAGCCAGAAUCAUUCUCCUUCUCCUGGGACAUGGAGAAACAUACCCAUCCCGGGUUCCUUCCGCACCAACGACUUCGUACAUGGAGUUACUGUUACAGAGGUGGCUAAUCAUCACCGAAAUAGGCCGUCGUCAAUGGCGAUGGGACAACUUCGUACUCCUGUUCCUGAUUACAGUGAAUGGGUUUAAAUUCCUGGUCGACCUCAAGUGGAUUGACCAGCAGGUUGGGGUGGCUGGGGUUAUUGAUGAUGCCCCAGGCGAUGUUCAUGACCUUCACACUCGUUACUUCGAGCUGAAAUUCGAGGGCAGAAGGAAUCCUUCUGUGGAUGACUUCGACAAGAGGUAUGGGUACGUCCAAAGGACUCCCGAAAUUCUCAACGAGGCAGGGAUGAAGUACAUCCUGCUGUCGUUGUGGAGGCAUCAUCCCUCCAACGAGGCAAGGGCUCAUAGGGCGGCCAAUACGACUGCCUUCAAAUUCUUGAAACUGCAUGUGGGCGACUACCCCAUACCUCCUCCCCCUCCAUUGCAGUCAGGGCACUUUGUGCCUGAACCAGCUCCACCCGUGCCUCCACAAAAGAUGCAGGUUUCUCUCUCUCAAUUUGUCACGGCCGUGCAUUCCGGCCCGUUCCCUGCCCAUCCCGAUGCUGCCCAAGCCCGUUACCGCUAUGCAAGCCGGCCCGCAACGGCAACCUUCGGUGCCGACCCCAGACCACUAACACAAUUAAUGGAUGGCAACUAUGGCCAUCUACCCGCCACCGUGUGCCCUCCCACCCCACCGCCUAUCCCCGAUGAGGACGAGGAUAUGAAGAGUGAUGGCGAGGCGACUACAGGGUCAGUCAACGAGGCUGCCCCUCUUCCUGAACGUCAUUUCCCUGCUGCGAUCCAGUCUGAGACCAAGGCCGCUGUUGCUGGUCCUUCGGACCUUUCUAAUGCUGCCAUUUCGGCUACCGCUGGCCCUUCCUCCAAGAAGGGUAAAGCAAAGAAAGUUUAA